AAGCUUACACCGCUGCCGUUUAAUUCGACGGCGAAGAAGAAGAACUUCCUCCAAGCGGUUUCCAUGGUAAUCCAACAUGGCGCCCGGGAGUCAGCCGAUCCUUUCGUCCACUUUUCUGCAGGUCCUCCUCUACCUGAACAUCUGGUACUUUGCAGCCUUCUACCUGGCUGAGAUUCUCAUGUUCAUCUAUAAAGGGAUUUCACUCCCGUACCCAACUGAUAAUCUGGUUCUGGAUCUGGUGCUGCUGGUCCUCUUCCUCGGCCUAGAGACGCUCAGGAUUUUUUAUGGUUGGAAGGGGAACCUGUGUGAGCGCUCUCUGGCCUCGUGUGCGUCGCUUCUCAUCCUGCUUCCCUGUGCAGUACUGGCUGUUUACUACCUGCUGCUGCAGACCUUCGUCCUGCGGCUGGAGUUCCUCCUCACCGCCGUCCUGCUCUGCUUUUACAGCCUCGAGUUCCUGCUCGGACUCCUCGCCAUAUCCACCUUCUCCAGGUCCACAUCGUACUGAAGAAGAAACCCUGAGUUCACCUGAAACACAAACAUGAGGGAAAAUGUGCAAAGAUUUUUACAGUUGCUACAUUGUAAAUAAAACAUUGUCUAUUUUGCUAAAGGUGAUAUAUAUAGCAAAUAGUUUGUACUGUUGGUUUUAUACAAACUGUACAAAGAAGGUGUCGACCUUGAGCUCAGGACAUUUUGUACAUAAAGUCUAGUUCAUUACACACUAUUAUGAUGGACAUGUAAAAAGACCUGAGUUGAAACAAACUACUUGUUUUGGGUCUAUUUUUGUUGUUUUGAGUCACUUUUUGUCAUUUGGCAUAUUUUUGUAGUCCUUUUGUUGUGUUCAGUCUUUUCAGUCGCUUUAGUCACUUUGUGUCUCUUUUUCAGUGGUUGUGUAGUUGUUUUGCAUCUGUUUGUUUCCCCUCAUUUUACAUUUUGUGGCCAUUCUCUAGCUAUUAGAUUGACUUUUUAAUAGAAAGGUUAACAGCGCCUUCACUGUUCUCUGGUCUAGGGGCUCCCUGACCCGUUGGGCCCCUGGGCCUGUGCCCCGUAGGCUCGUUCAGUAAUCCAUCCAUGCAUGUAGUGUUCAUAACUCGUGUCUGAGUCAGUGUCAGCAGCACACAAGGAGCCAAAGUUAGGAACAAUAUAGAAAUCCCAGACUACAGUACAGGGCCAGACUGAAGGGAAACACAAAACAUUAUAAGAAUACAGUUGGUUGGCAGUUUAUUAGGCUAGGCAGAGCACAGAUUUCUGGCACAA